CUCCUUCCCUGUCCUGGCCUCACGCUCCAGGUUUGCUCCUGCGUCGCGGGAUAGCAACUGCGCCCCUCUGUGCCUCCGCUCCGCACCGCCAUGGCCGGCUCCGUCUUGCCACCCGGGCCCGGCACCCGGACCGGCUCGACUACUCCGCCCGCCGGUGGCCCCCGACCCCGGGCCAAGCGCCGCAAGUACACGGCUGUUGCCUGUAAUGAGUGCCGCAGGCGCAAGCUCAAGUGCUUGCCGGGCGGCAGCGAGGGCUGUUGUCAGCGCUGUGCUGCUCGCGGCCGCACCGACUGUGGCUACCAUGCCGGCCCCCCUGCGGCCGAUCAUGACGAGGACUCCUCCGCUCGUGCCAGCUCUCACCGCCGGAGCAGUGCGGCCUCGUUCACGGCUUUGACCGAAGAUGUCAAGCUGCUCCGCGACACCUUGGCCGGCUGGAUCGCGUCGACGAGAGUGUCUGGUGACAGCCCUGCUCCUGCGCCUGCUGCUGCCUCUGACCUGAUUGCUGCGUCAAGCCCUACGCCGGUGGCUCCAGGCCCGAACCCGGCAUCGGUGUCUCUUCCACCGCUUCGAUCUUGCCGAGCCAGCGUCUCCGGCCCAGCCGCCGGCUCGGUGUCCGCAGCCUCCCCCAGAAACCUCGAGGAAGACUUGAUGGGCCCGCCAGACCUGGCUAGCCGCGUCGGUCGCGAGGAGCCUCGCUUCAUCGGCCCGACUCGGUCAGCAUACAGCUUCCAGGCAGGAGGUCAGGCGCUCUCCCGCCUGGGCAUCCCCGCUCUUGACACCGCUCCGGUCAGCGGGCAGCAGACCCCUUCGGCCACGCCCCCUCAGCAGCCCGACGCCGCCCCGGACGAACUCUUCUGGACCCGUUGUGACCGAGCCGAGUUUGAGCGGCAUAUUGCCGUCUUUCAAGAGGAGGUCGAGUCAGUAUACCCCUGUGUCGAGUCCGAAGAGCUCAUCCGCAAGGCUGGCGACAUUCUCGAGUUCGCGCGAGGUGCGGAUGACGCUGGCUACGCAGCCGCAGACCCAAGCAGCCGCCACCAUGUCUCCACCAAGGAAGUCCACCUGGCCACGCUGGCUGUGGCGACGGCAAUCGUCCUGGAAGGUCAUGGAAAGACCACGACCAGCAGCAGUUUGGUGAAACCAGUGGAGCGGUCCGUGCUCAACAUCCUCGAACCCAGCCGUGAGUUGAAGGAUCUGCAGUUGCUCAGUCUCCUGAGCAUCUACUACUUCCACAUUGAUGAAGACCUACUCGCUUGGCGGACGAUUGGACUCGCCGCACGGGAAGCACUGGUGAUGGGUUUACAUCGCAAGACCACGCUGGAAGAUAUGUUCCGUGGCCCCCAGGAACGAAGAAUGGCCAUACGAGUGUUUUGGACCAUAUAUGCCCUCGACCGCCGCUGGAGCUUUGGCACAGGCCUCUCCUUCGCGCUGGUCGAUAGUGACAUUGACCCCGAUCUUCCAGAACCUGACCAGAACGACGCAUAUUUGAAGUGCAUGGUGGGCUACGGACGGCUAAGCUCGACGCUGUGGACCGCACUGCUCCCGACGCUAGCUCAGCACAACAACAAGGGCGACUGGACCGAGGAGGCAACGCACCAGCUCGACCUGCGUGCGCAGGAGUGGCUCGAGUCGAUCCCCCACAAUCUCCAACUGCGGCAUCCUCGGCUCGGCCUGGCCGCGCUGGCGCAGCCACCCGUCCUCCAGCGGCUCAGGGCCCUGUUGUACCUCCGCGGCAACCACAUCCGCAUUCUCAUCUACCGCUACUUCCUCCUCAGCCCGAGCCGCAUCCGGUCGUCCUACCGGAGUGCCUGGCUGGCCGUCGAGAUCGCGCAGGACAGCCUCGUUGUGCUCCUCCACCUCAACGAGUCCACGUCCAUCUACCGCCGCCAGCAGGCCGCCUUCAACUACUUCCUCGUCAGCGCUCUGGCCGUGCUCUUCCUCGCCGUCUGCAACGACCCAGAGACAUUCGCUGCGCCCUGCAAGAAGUCUCUACUCUCAGCCAUCGGCCUGCUGCGCGGCCUGUCCAAAUUCAGCUACGGCAGCCGGCGACUGUGGCGCGGCGUGCGAGGAAUCGUUCCUAUUCUGCGCCGGCUCGAGGAGGCGCGCAGAGCCGGGGUCACCAAUGCGGGGGCCGGCGAGCAGCAAGAGCACGCAGAUGUACCGCAGCAGCAGCCGCAGCCGCAGCCGGUCCGGUCAUCGGGAGCGCAGCAGAACUCUGCACCCCUUGACAAGACGCCUGACAUCACUAGGCAAGCUGCCACACCUGCCGCCAGUCACCAGGCUGAUAUCGUCACGGGUGCGGUCCAUGGUGACUGCGAUCCUGCAACUGGAAGUGGAAGCAGCGCUCUGCCUUUUGGGGCGACCGGCACGGAGGGCACAACGGAUAUGGACGCAACGGCGGCAGGAGGGGCAGAUGGAUUAACCUACACGACCACACCCGACUUCAGCGUGAUGGGCAACGAGCUCAUUGAUCUCUUUGAACUGUUUGAGCAUGGUCCGGUUUUCCCUUUGCACCAGCAGCAGCAGCAGCAGCAACAAGGGGGAGAUGCCUUCAUGGGCCAGCCGCAGAUGGACGUGAUGAACUGGCUAAGCAGCGACACGAGCGAGUCACAAGAAUAUGUGUCAGCAGAGCAAGGGGCUAUCUCGACGCAGUUUAAUUGGCUCAUAUGAACUCAAAAACUGCGUGUCACAAUAUAAUAUUCCACACUGAUACCCCUUGAGUGGCGCUUGCUGAAUUCAUCCGAGG